AUGCUAAUAUUGAUCACCGGGAUUCCAUGGUAUGGGACAUCCCAAGAAAUCCCUGACGUUCGUGCCAAGCAGGCUAUCCGGGAGGUCCCUGGCAAUUUCAAGUCGGAAAUUGACGCCUUGACUCUUUUGACAAAUGAAGGAUGCUCCAGCACCCCGGCUUUAAUUGAUUGGAUGGCGGAAGAACAAGCGUAUGACGAAUGGGUUCCGGGUGGCUACAAGCUAAGCAUUUUGAUGGAGAAUCCACCAGGUUCCGAUCCCGAAGAUUUAUGGUUCAGUAGUCAGAUGCCCAUUGAUGAAAGGCAUCGUUUACGAAGCGCCUUUAAGAAAGCAUGGCUGUGA